AUGAACGUGCCUUUAAGGCUCACAGAUGGUUUUGUUGGAGGCAUGACGAUAAAGGUCCCAUGGUGUGCUCUAACAUCUGAUGCAAGUACAAUGAAAGUCAGACAGUUGGAUUUGACGUUUGAAGCACGAGAUGGCGUGAAACUUGACAACAAAGAUCUCGUUUCAUCAAUGAUCGGCAGUGUUGUUGAAUCCCUCGUGUCCUCCAGUGAAUUGGCUCGAAGUUUUUAUGAGAAUGAAAAAGAAACCUGUGAAGAGGAAUUUGACACUGAAGCCAAGGACGGUGUAAAGGCAUUCACGAAGGUCAUUGAUGCGAUUGUGUCACGUUUCUGUCUGGAACUAGUCGAUACAACCAUACGACUAGAAAAUCCGCCAAAGCACUUGUCAGACAUGUGCACUGCUAUCGAGAUCCGGAUAAAAGACAAGAAGGUAGAAGCGCUGAGACGAUCACGAGUCAGCCACAAGGGGAUGGGAAGCAUUGCAAACCUCAACAAAUUUAUGGAUAUGUCAGGGGUGGAAAUAUUUACCGACGUUUUCACAGAAUUAGAGGAUCAAUAUUCUGAUAAUAAUUCUAGUCAGAUCGUUACGAGUAUGUACAUAAGACGAGAAAAGCAAAAGCAU